AUGAUGUAGCUGUUAGUAAGUUCAUGUUACAUUGUCUCUGCUGCUCUUCCCCUGUGUUGUUGUCUGCAGGCCUGGUGGUUCACAGACUCAGUGGCCACAGACGUGUGGGGCCGGUGGGAACUGGCAGGUUCAGCUUGGCACUACACCAACCUCAAAGGAGAAUAUGCUGAAGGUACAGUACAGAUGCCGUAUCUUAAUUUGAUCAUCCUGUUGUUGCAGGAAUUUUCCUGCAGCGCAGGAAAUGCAAACUUGUAGUGUAUUCAAGGUUUUAAACGGCUUCUAAAGUUUGUAAUUUCCACACAAAAAAAUUCUGACUUGAUUUGCCCAAUGAAAAAUGUAUCAACCCCUACAAAAAAAUGUCAUUCACAUUUCCUGUUGCUGCAGGAUUAUUGUCCUGCUGUUUGAAACUGUCUCAAAUUAAGAUACAGCAUCUGUGGGCUCACCUCUUGUUAUGGCUACACAGUAUUAACUUCUACCAAAACAAGAGAGAGUGGACAUAUGCUUAUACUCGCUCGGUAGUUAGGGGUCGAACUGAGCUUCCAAAGUGAAACUUGUUUUUUAAGCUGAAUCCCUGUUCCUUUUACAGUGGUGAGUUCCAAUAAUGGUUUUUAAUUCCACCCCUGCUGUUAGUUCUACAUGGCAUGGACUAAACAUUUUUAUUAUAUAUAUUUUAUUUAUUUAUUAUUAAUAAAAAUGAGUGUUAUUGUUCUGUAUGACAAGAGUCUAGGGUGUCAGGAUCUCAUAGAGCCCUGUUCUCUCUGUCUCCCCCUAUAGAGUACCUCCAGGUAGUGCAGGCCGGGGCAGUGCUGGCCUGCAUCUUCUCCAUCCUGGGCCUGUUUGUGUUCGUGGCUCAACUCUUCACCUUGUCCAAGGGCCAGAGGUUCACCUUCUCUGGAGUCUUGAUGCUCAUCUCCUGUAAGUAGCUUGUGUCCCUGUAUCUGCAUCUUAAUACUGUAUGAUCUAUGUAAUGACAUCGAUAUAAACACAGUGUAUAUGUUUUGUUGUAGUCCAGUACUAGCAAACAAACUAAUAACUGAUAACUACUCAUCCAGUCUGAAUGCACACCCCGGGGGUGGGUCCCCAUGAGCAUGGAAAUACUGCUAUAACUAUCAUUUACUGCUAUAACUAUCACUGUUAAGUUCAGGUCGAAAUAGUCUCAACAGCAGUUGUGUCUCCAGCCCUAUGAGUGACUUUGAGGUGAUGUUUCCAGUACAGCACAUAACUGUUAUUAACCUAACAGGUGUUUUUAAAUCUCCCCUCUUGUCUCCCUGUAGGUCUGUGUGUAAUGAUCGCUGCGUCCAUCUACACAGACAUUUUCCACAAGCAGGACCAGGGCUGGUUCGGCCACUCUUUCAUCCUGGCCUGGAUCUCCUUCGUUCUCACCUUCAUACUGGGCGUCAUCUACGUGGUCCUGCGCAAGAAGAGCGAGUAGAGGAACAAGGGAUGAAGGGGAGGAGAGGAGGAUUGUAAGGAAGGAGUUUAUAUUAUGUUUUUGCAUUGAGUUGGAAAGGGAUGGAUGGAGGGAGGGGUCUUAAUUAGUUUAUUAACAGUCCCAGUAUUCCGAUUUCCCUCUUGUGAGGAGGAAGGUGGUACAGAAGGGGGGAGAGUGGACCCCAAAGAAUUGUAUGCACAAUCAAUUUCGAUGCAGACUACUGCAUGCCUGUUCAAAUGGGAGAUUUGUAAUGUGUAAUAGAUAUAGUACUGUAUAUUUCAAGGUAUGCUACAUACCUGUUGCAGUACUUGAACAAUCAGCAAACAAGCUUUCAUUUCCAGUACAUGUUUUAAAAGGAAUUUUAAACAUUUGUUUUAUUUUUAUAACUGAAGUAUUUUGUAACCAUUUGUAAUUGUUUUAUGAUCUAAAUAGAUUGUAACUGUUUGUUGUGUGAAUUGUCAUAACGUGCAUUCUAAGUACAUUUUAAUCAUCUGUGUG